AUGUUCUCCGAAAAGAAUCUCCAGAAAGCACUCCAGGAGCGUAUCGCACGUGCCGCAUCACGUGGAUUCACACGUGAAUAUCAAAACGAGAAGGAAGAAGAGGAUAACACUAUCUGCUACCGUGAGCUAGCGCCUGCUACGCUAGGCAAAUACGGCUAUGCACUUGGCAAUUGGGCUCUAUGGAGGCUUUCCCGUAACGAGUCCACAGAUUCGAAUUUUCCUAACUCGCCUGUCCUAACUCCCCAACUUUUGAAACUUUUCGCAGAGUUUUAUAUUGCAUCGCGCGAUAAAAUUCCGAAGCAAAAGACGGUUUGUAAUGUAUUCACUAGCUUUACAUCACAGUGGGAGCGAGACACUUCUCGGCCCCUUUCCGAUGAGGUCAAGCGGGAUGUUCUUAACUAUAUUAGAACUACCCUAACCGUGAAAUACGAGCUCCCUACAAAGUCUAAAGAGCGGUUCCUGGUCAACGGAAAGGACAUAGAUUACCUGCUGCGACACCUGUUUGUAAAUGACUGUCACGAUUAUGCACACGAGAGAGCACGCGUGCAGACCGGAAGUUCUCUUUCUUUAUUUGCUGGCUCGGGUGCAAGAGCUGGGGCUAUCGUCGAAUCAAGUUCUUAUCGCAACACAAAUGAAUGCUUAUAUUAUAGGCACCUUGAAUUUCAUCUCAAAUGGAGCAAGGAAAGGGGGUCUUUGAUACGUUGGGUGACAAUUGAUCCCCAAUUCUUAAAAGGAUGGCGUUAUCGCGAUGAUACCACCUUGCCAAAGAAUUGGUUCAGGGAGCAUCCGGUUCUUGGGAAGAGCUUUGUCUUUUGGGUAAUCGUUCAUGGGGUCGCGGAUGGUGCCUUUAAAGGGCAUGCCUCUGUGACAGAGGUUCUUGCCGCAAAGCCACCUAAGGGAAGAGAGUCAUGGACCCUAGAAUGGAACGAAACCGCAAAGAAUCUCCCAUUCUUCAGAAUGGUCACUUCUAAAGGACCUAAGUCAACAAAAGCAUUGACCUUCUCUUCAUUGCGGCACAACUUCACUAGCUUAGCCCAGCGCGAUGGGUUCAAAGACCAGUUGCGAGUACAUGGAAUUCGAGGCGGCGUUGCAAACAAGGUUGACCCAAAGGCUUCUCAGGCUACUCGUAGUCAGGCUCUUGAUCACCAGAGUCAUGACACCUAUAUCAAAUAUCAGUCUUCUUUGAAGGCAUUAGAUAUACAGGCCUUAUUCUAUGAUUUAGAGCCUGAUUACGAAUGCCGCGAUAUGGAACAAAGCAUGUCUCAUCACCGAGACUCGAACGUGCCACUCCAGCUUAAUGCAGCUACGAUUGCACAAUUCCAAAAUGACGAUGAAAUUGUUAAGAUGAAUCAGAGAAUUGCCCACAUAACCAAGGAGAUUGCUAGAAGACUAGAAGGAAAUGAGGACCUCGUAUCCGAACGGAAUCGUCUUUAUAGCAAGAAAGCAAAAAGAUUGCUAGCCUGGAAGAAGGAUUUUAUCAAAGACUGGUGGGAUAAUUCAUACGCUGAGUAUGUUUCUGGGAACGACUUCUCCGAACGCGACUCAACACCUCUUUUUGACAUCUACAAGAAAUAUCUACCAGAGCGCUCCCGUCUCAGCGAGAAUCUAUUUAAGGAGGCAACUCUAGACAGUGAACUUGGACAACAGUGCCUAGAAGACAUGGUCGCGAUUUGCACGUCGACAGAACGUGCCGUUUACUAUCCGGGCAUGACCCCCGAGGAAGGCCGCUGUCCAAUAUGCAAUAAGUUUAUGCUAGAGUGA